AUGGGAGGCCAAGGCCAAGACAAAGGCAGCUCCGGCGGGUGGAUGAUGGGAGGCAGCGGAUGGGGUGGCGCCAAAGACUCCAGCAACACUCAGGUUGAGGUGUCUACCGUGUACCAGACCAAUGUUGUGACGAUCGCGCCGCCCACCACCAUUGUCCAAGCUCAAGAUUGCGCUGCUGCAGCGACCUCGGUCAUAAUUGAGACCACAACCGUCACCGCCGUCUCGCCCUGCACGGCAUCCGUCGUAACCGCAUAUGUUACGCAAUGGAUGAACGCUCCGCCUGGCUGUUGGUGUGGCCCUCCUCCGGCCUUCCCGUCCGCCAUGGACAUGGGCGGAGCCGCAGUCUUGUUGGGCAAUGCUCCGGUCUUUACCUCGACCAACCCGGCCUUCGUGCCUGGUCUGUCUUCGAUCCCUGCAUCCGAAGCCGUCCAGACUGGAGUCACGGUUGCUGCAGCUGCGGCGGUACCAGCAUCAACUACUGCUGCAGCCGUAUCUCCCGGUGUCUUCUUCACGACAUCAUCAGCGGGUAAGUACUAUUGGACAAAGCCUAUCUUUCUGCUAUAUUCCAGAUGA